AACUAUGUCGUCUCAUCAUUCCAACAGUGCCUUAUAUAGAUGUUCGUCCCGCAAGCCUGUUUAUACCGUAUCUCUGCCAUCUUAUUGCCUUCUUCUUCUCUCUCUCUAUCCUUCUCGUUGUUCUCUCCGGUGCUGAAUGGCCCCAAUGAUUCUCCCUCCUGGAUUUAGAUUCCAUCCCACUGAUGAAGAGCUUGUUGCUUAUUAUCUGGAUCGCAAGAUUAGUGGCCGUAAGAUUGAGCUAGAAAUCAUCCCAAAAAUUGAUCUCUACAAAUGUGAACCAUGGGACUUGCCUGACAAGUCAUUUUUACCAAGCAAAGACAUGGAGUGGUACUUUUAUAGCCCUAGGGAUAAGAAGUACCCUAACGGGUCAAGAACUAACCGAGCAACUCGAGCUGGUUACUGGAAAGCCACAGGAAAAGAUAGGCCGGUUCACUCUCAGAAGCGGGUCGUGGGGAUGAAGAAGACGUUGGUGUAUUAUAGAGGUCGAGCUCCCAAUGGCAUUAGGUCUAACUGGGUGAUGCAUGAGUAUCGCUUGAUCCAUUCACCCUCCCGUUCAGAAGCCUUUUCAAAUCUCAAGGAUUCAUAUGCACUUUGUCGAAUUUUCAAGAAAAAAAAACAAAAUUGUAAAAUGAGAAAAGAAGAAAACACAGAGGAUUGGCGAUGGGAUGAAUGUCAUUUAGCAGGAGAUGAUAACAAUAAGCUCCCAUCUGAUACAUCUUCCUCAGAUGUCACACAAGGGACACCUACGAAUGCCCGUGAUUUACAUCAUACUUUUGCUUCAUCCGAAGAAGCAAGCAGUUCUGCCUAUGUUUACUCAUAUCGCCUUGAUUUCUCUUCAAAUCUAACCAAGGAGGUGCAAAUGGGUGAAUACCCUGGAAUGGAUUAUCCGCCAUUAGGAAUUGAUGACUUCCCUCAAAUAAAUAUUGUGGACCCAACGCCAACAAAGCCUGCAACAACAGACCUUGAUAACUUCAUGAUUGACAAAUACAUGAACGGAACAUUAGACGAGAUUUUCUCUUUGUCUUCCACAGACCAAUUGCACAUGAACUCAAACUCUCUCCAUUCAACACUGAGUCACCACCACCAUAUAAAAUACUGCAAUACUCAAAAAAUCUAGAUAUACAUUUCUCAUUUACUCUCUUACGAUAUAUGAUUGUUGUAAUAUCACUACGACCCAUUUCUGAAAACACAUAAAACAUUAGUUUUAGCUAACUAACAAAACCAAAUGUGUGGAUUAUAUUUUUCUAACCAAAGAAUCAUGUGCACUGCAAAAAAUCUUGUCAUUGUUAGGAUCUUC